UAAUUUUAAAUAUUAAAUGGUGAAUAUUCUAUUAUUAGCAGGUCCAGGAUGUGGUUGGGUAAUUAUUUUUUAAUCUAAAUUUAGGGUGCAAUUCUAUUGGGAGGAGUAUUUAAAUUUGUUUUAUAAUCUGAUGAUAAUGAUAUGACAUGGUAUUAAGCAUUUACACUUGGUUCAAUAUUAUCAGCAACAGAUCCAGUUGCUGUGGUACUUAAAGAAUUGGGUGCAAGUUUAGCAUUUAACCAUUUAUUUGAAGGGUAUUAAAUUACUAUAUUUAAGAGAAGCCUUACUCAAUGAUGAUGUUGCGAUGGUGUUUUUUAUAUUUUUUAAUAAAUUUUCAAAGGCUCAAAGCGGAAAGGGAGAAGCUUUUACUUCAAGUUAGGUGGUCAUUAAUUUCAUAAGAAACUCCCUUGUUAGAUCUGUAUUAGGAAAAGUUUUAGGAAGAUUGGCUGCAUUAUGGACAAAGAGAAUAUUGGAGAUGAUAUGCCAAUUCAUUAAAUUUAUAUGAAGGAUUGACUGAUUAAGAAAUCUUUGGAGAAGUAAGAUAUAGAAUUUAUAGAAUUCUUAAAGGAUUAUA